AUGAAUAUUGCCAAUGGUACUCGCGGCGAGGUUGUGGAAAUAAUCCCUGAUCCGAGGGAGGCUACGACAUCCAACUGGGGGCCUAGAGUAUCGCUGGUUUACCCACCAUCGUGCAUUCUUAUUAGGCUGGAAUAUGGCAAUCCAAGCCGGGUGGGAGACUUACCCGAUGGAGUGGUGCCAAUUUUCCCUAAGGAACAAACAUACCAACUGAAGAUUGGAGGAGGGAAAGCCAAAAGUGUGAAGCGGAAACAACUCCCUAUAACGGGAGCAUAUGGUUUCACGGACUAUCGCGCGCAAGGCCAAACGAUCGGACAUGUAAUAAUCGACCUAGCAAGUCCUCCUACUGGAGCACUGACACCAUUCAGUGCAUACGUUGCAUUGUCGCGGAGCUCGGGGAGAGAAACCAUCCGCUUAUUGAGAGAUUUCGAUGAAACCCUUUUCACACGGCCUGUGUGCGAGGCUCUAAAGCGGGCGGACUCACGGUUUGAAGAGUUGAACAAGAAGACAAAGGAACACUGGGAACAGCGUUGCGUUGCUGGAACAAUGGCACACACAUGA